AUGGAUUUUGGAAGAAAAAUAAACAAAUGUAUGUACUACACUGCCGUCGAAAAUAUAUUCGUUGCUGUAAGCUUUGUGUACAACGAAGUCAUCAGAAAAGCAGGUCGUGAGGAAAAAGAAAAAAAUGCUGCCGAUGGAAAAGAGGAAAAAAAAUUGACAGUAUCAGGAGAUGGAUCGUGGAGCAAACGUGGAUUUUCUUCUAUGUUUGGUGUUGUGACAUUGAUUGGACAUUAUACAAGUAAAGUACUAGAUACUUUGGUAAAAUGUACUUUUUGUAACAUGUGCAUCACAAACAAAAAGCAAAUGACAGAAAUCGAGUUUGAAACAUGGUUCAGCGAGCACGAGGAAAAUUGUAAAGCCAACCACAAAAGAAGUGCCGGAGCUAUGGAGGUGCAUGGAAUGCUGGAAAUGUUUGCAAGGGCUGAAACUCUACACGACGCGCAAUAUAAAACUUACAUUGGUGAUGGAGAUUCAAAGACGUUUAAAGCUUUAUUACAACAAGAACAACAAGUCGAAAAAAAGGAAUGCAUCAACCAUGUACAGAAAAGGAUGGGCUUAAGAUUGCGUAAGGUAAAAAAAACAAACAAAAAAAUCGGUGGACAUGGUCCUGGAAAGCUUACGGACAAGUUAAUUAAUGAAUUAACUAUUUAUUUUGGACUUGCAAUCAGACGAAAUCCGCAUAAUGUUGACAAAAUAAGGAACGACAUGUGGGCAACAUUUUAUCAUAAAAUAUCGACAAACGAAGAGCCUCAGCACGAGUAUUGCCCAAGCGGACCAAAUUCCUGGUGUAAGUGGUGGCAAGCGAAAGCGGCUGGAACUUUGCAGUCCUAUAACCAUCCUCCUCCUCUCGAUUUUAAAGUACAGGAAUUAAUUCGACCUAUUUAUGAUAACUUAUCAUCGCAAGAUUUGCUGAACCGUUGUUGUGGAGGAUUCACUCAGAACAACAACGAGUGCUUCAACAAAACUAUUUGGCAGUUUGCACCAAAACACGUUUUUUGUUCCUCCAAUAUUAUAAUAAUUGCAGCAUAUCUUGCCACCUGUAUUUUUAAUGAAGGUUUUAAACCUAUUUUAAAAACUAUGUCGAUCAUGGGAAUCACCAUCGGCCCAAAUGCGUACGAGUUUGCUUGCAUUCGCAACAAAGAGCGGAUCAUACAGGCUGAGCGGCUAUCGACGUAUCAGUCAGUGGAGGAGAGAGCUGCAAGAAAAAAUGAGAGACUGCAAGACCAGAUCAAUUUUGAGGAAGUCGAGGGUCUGCUUUAUGGUCCUGGAAUAGCUGAUUAG